AUGUCAAACAAAAGGAAGAUUUUUUAUUUUGGUGGCGCAGAUGCUCUUUUGACUGGUGUCACCACUCACAAGCUUGUGGAUUACAUUUACUGUCGGGAACCCGAUCAGUCAUUCCUGGAGACAAUUCUUCAAACUCUUGGCCUGCGAAGAGUUCCUGAAUCUGUGUGCCCCACGUCUUGUGGAGUCAUUCUGAUUGUUUUCGGAUGGAUUGUACUACAGAUAAUUGUUGUAAUUUUCUACAGAAAGAACAGCGUGCUGAGCGACACAGUGGUUCGGAAUUUACAACAUUCCAAGUCAAAUACAAGUAGUGUAACUGUUGUUUCGCCCUUUGAUGCAAAUGGUGCCUCUGAAAAAGUUAGAACCUGUGUUUCAGAAGGAGAGAUUUAUGAAAAUGAAUCUGUAGACAUUGUCUGUGUGAAAAAUAAUGUGAUCGAUCUGUCCUCUUCAUCUCAUACUGCAGGAUAUGCAUCAGAUGACCGCAACACUGAAACUGUUUUGGAAGUUGAAUCUUCGUGGAUAGAAUCGGCGAGAGAAACUUCAAAUGUAUCUGUCAGCAAUAUCGUCAUUGAGAAUGGUACAUUUGAAACAUCAGAGAAAGAUUCAGACUCUAUCCAAGAGAAAGACAUUCUUACUGAAUCAAUUCAGGCUUCAAUCACAAAAGAUGUUGUGGAAGAAAUGGAAGAUAAAGUAUUCGAUUCCUCUGGUGCAUUACAGCAAAAUCCAACUGUCUGGAGUCAAUACAUAGAAGAAAAUUCCGAGGAUAGUGAUGAUAAUGUGGAGUAUGCUUCAGAUUUUGCCGAAGGAUCCACAGAAUCCGACGAGGAGGUCUUAUGGAUUCCAACAAAGACUAGUGCAGAUGAGGGUAGUCCUAAUGAAAAAGGUAAAUCAGAAUGGAGUCAACCUGAAUUGCAUUGUUUGGAUGUCAGAUCUGUCAAAGAAGGCAGGGAAACCUUGAUUGAGAGCGUUGAGAAGGGAACCAUGCAGCCCGAGAACAUUGGGACAUUGCGAAGAUUAGAGGAAACAAGUGUCAAUGUGUCUUGCCAAAAUCCUACAGAGAACAACCUGUUGUUAGAUGUGCAAUUGGUGGAGAACAAAGGCGAAACUCGAAGUUUUCCCAGUAUGAGAAAUGAUUCUGAUUUUGGAUACACAUCGGAUAUUUCUGAUGAUGAUAUUGCUCAUGCAUCUGAAGACAGUGGAAGUGAAACAGAUGCCGAGGUGGAAGCUAUAUGGCUUUCUUCUCUUGCUGUCGAGGGUAACACAGAGUCAUCUUCACCACCACACAAAGAUGAGGAUGAAUGUAAAGAUAUUAUUCAUGAAGUUGUUGCUGACUCCAAAAGACCUGCGAUAGAAAACAUGGAUACUGAUCUGGGAGAUGAGAUACAACUAUCGAUUCCAUCCUCUGAGAGUGCAUUAGAAUUCACAGAAUCUUCCUUUUCCAAUGGUGUCGACUCUACCAGGAAAGAAUCAUUACAGCAAAUUUUUACGGAGGAUAUCGAUCCCGAUGAUGAAUACUUGGUUCGUUGUGAAGAAUCGGAUGAAUCCGAAGAUGAAACUGAUGUGUUGAACCAAGGGCGAAGACUUCCAACAUUAGAUGAUGAUUUUGAAGAUCUAUUAAGUGCACCAUUUGAGAGCCCUUCUCAAACUGAUCCAAACUUAGAUCUAUUUAAGAAUGUACCAAAAUGUGUUGGGUGCGGAAGUUACUUUGCUACAUGGCGACUUAAAAAUUGUGCAGCUUGUCGCAAACCUCCUAGGCAUCCUAAUAUAUGCUCAAUUAAGAAGAAUAAAAAUCGUUGUUAGUUUAUAAGGUAUUUGCAAUUUUAAUUUUAAAACGAUUCUGCCAUGGUCGAAAGCGUCGCAAUUGAUUAUAUUAAACAUGUUUUGUAUGCAUGAAAUCAUAUCCUCGAUUUCCCAAAAUAAAUUUUAUGUUGCCUUUCCUUGAAGUUUAAAUAAACAAUUUUACUUUUGAAAA